UGAAAUACGAAACAUUGUCUGAAAGUGGAGUAAAAAUAAUUAACAAUAUAAAUUUAGAAGAAGAUUGUGAACUUAAAUAAUAUGCAAUUCUAAAAAAGUACACCAAAAAAAGCGCAGCUGGUAAAGCUAAAGAAACAAUCAACAAGUGGUUUUCGUAACCAUAAACUUAAACAGUUCUCCACACUACCACUUCCACAGUAACACUCUGCAACGGAUAGUCACCAUCCCUAGCAACCGGCACGCAAAGCAAUCGAUUGUUUAUUUUUCACUGGUAAUCUUUGCCAACAGUCUAGAACAUUUCUAAGCCACAACGGAUUGUAUAAUAUUGUAUAACCCUCAAUGGAAGGUCUGCCGAAACUUCCCGGGAAUGAUUUCGCUGACCGAUUACGCCAGAAGCAUCACGUCCCGCAAUCCUUCAAAUACAUCAACGGUUAUCCGAUUCACGAGAAACCCAUCUAUGGUCUCGGAGGGGAACAGCUGAACGAGGAUUCGAUCUAUUUUUGCACCAAUGAAACCGACUCGGUGCUAUAUGAUCCGAUUCUAACUUACGGCCGUGUGCGUAAUCUUCCGGUGAAACCAUUUCGGCCGCACUUUGUUUUGUAUGACCAAAAGACGCUCAAGUUUAGUGCAUUCUUUCGGCAAGCAGUGGUCGAAUCUGCGCAGGAAAGUUUCCGAAUUCGAUUCGUUAACAUUUUGUACUUUCUUGAGGAUGACACGAUGACGGUGCUGGAGCCUGCUAUCGAAAAUUGUGGUUACCCCCAAGGACGUCUGGUUCGGCGUGGCAAGAUCGUUAAGAAUUGCCUCGGUGAAACGUACAGCUGGAAGGAUUUGAACAUUGGAAUCGAUCUGGAGAUUCAUGGGUACGUUUUUCAUCUGACUAGCUGUGACCCGUUUACGAAGGAGUUUCUGCUGAGCAACGGAAUCGAACUGAACGAGAUGGAAUUUCCCCCGCCAGAUCCAGCCAUGAACGAGAGAUCGAUUAGUGCUCGACAAAGUUUCAAACACCAUAAAAUGUACCCUGUACCGCAGGACCGGCUGCGGAAGUAUCUCGAGUAUCAGGGUAAAGUGUUGCACUUCGAUUGCUUACUGGAUGAGCCAAAUCAGCCGGGGGGCGCAAAGAUGACCUAUAAAUUAUUUUACUUUCUCGAAGACGACACCGUUUCUAUCAAGGAGCUGAAGGAAAACCAGGAGGGUCGAGAUUACUUCCCGAUGAUGCUUCGCAAGCAAAAACUCCCGAAAAAUUGGAAAGAAAAGCCGGUAACGUAUCCAUCAAUCUGCUUGGAACAAACGGACAACGAAGUAUUUGAGUACUAUUCGCCGAAGGAUUUCCUCGUAGGUGAAACCAUUUUCGUAUAUGGCCGAAAAUUCCUGCUGCUAGAUUGUGACCGUUUUACCCGCAACUACUACGAGCUGGUGCUCAAAAUUAUCCAACCGGAAGCAGUUCGUCUAGACGCUGCACCAUCACACACUCCUCGCAAGAAACUGCCAACCUACUUGGGUCUUGGGACACCGGAGGAUUCGAUCGCUUCCUAUCACAGCCUAACACCGAAGAGCCCCCGCAAAGACGUUGUAACCUAUCUGGUCAACAUGAACAAGUUCUUACGCUACGGUUGUGUCCUGGACACUGCCCACCCAGAGGACUCAAUCCGUAGAUUUGUGCUGAGUAUUUCGCUGGCCGAUGGAACUAUAACUAUAAUGGAAUCGACUGUCCGUAACUCAGGCAUUAGGGGUGGCCGUUUUCUGGCCCCUACUAGGGUAUGGAAGCCGAACUGCGACCCCAAUGAUCCCGAGUAUUACACCGCAAAAGAUUUCUACAUUGGCGCUAUAAUCAUCGUCUACUCACAUCGGUUCAAGAUUCUUAGCGCAGAUCUGUACGUGUACCGAUACAUGCAAGCUCAUCCGGAGAUGUUUUCUUCGACGGCUAUCGAAACAGUGCAGAAAUAUCUAUUGGAAGCUGGUCAUUUAAAAGAUGACCUGCGCAUGGCUACCGAAGAAGACUGCCAACGUUUUGGACCUCCGUCGCCGCCACCACGAGCAACAGAAGCAGAUGAUAAAGGAACGGGAGAAGUAGAAAAAUGUUUGCAACAUCUUAGUCUCAAAAAAGGAGAAGACGAUCAAAAUCUACUCAAGCCAUCCGGUCAAACAGACCAACAUGAUUGCCCAUCGCCAAUUAUUCCUGACGAAGAGAUCAAGAAAAUGUACCAUUCUAAUGAAAGAGAAGACCUCGUACUACAGGGUCAAGUAGAAGGCGAUGAGGUAGUUAAAGUGGGAAAAUCGGUCCAAUUUGAGGACAAUUGCUAAAACUAGAAAAAAAAACACAACUCACCGGAAACUGAUUGUCUAUAAUGUGGCACUAUAAAUUCACUCGAUUUUGGAAUGUAUUUUGUGAACGAUCACUUUUAGCACAAACACUAAAUAGCCAAAAAUACACUGU